GAGUUUUAUUACAGUAUGCGGAGAGCUGGUGGACCAGCAGUGGAGCUCACUGUGCUAAUUUGUGUUGACCAUUUAUUACAGAAAAUUCAACCAACUGGCCUCCUUUGUGUGUAUGACGGGACGGGCAUGAGGGGAAGCUGUUACACGGGUGGUAUUGCUACAAAAAUUAAGAAUACUCUGGAAGAAAUGGUUGAUAAAACUCAGUCUGGAUUCAUACCAGGGAGGAGCGGCCUGCAGAGGCUGGUAGAGACCGCAGCUCACUUGGGAUUCUCCACUGUUGCCAUCAACUAUGUAUUUGAACCCACAACCAAGGAGAAACAGGAAGUUCCAUCGCCAGUGCCGAUCAGUGAGCUGAUUGGUCAGCUACCUGUGGUACAGGGUCGCUCUCAUCCAAUCAAAGUGCUGAAUAGACUAACAAUGGUGAUGUCAGAGGCCAGUCCCUUUAGGUCAUAUGCUACAGAGUUUCGUGCCUUUGACCUCCUGGCCAUUCAGCCGACCACCGAGAAGCUCUUCCAUACAAUCUGCAUGGAGUGGGACGUUGACAUCAUUUGCAUCUCGAUGACAGAGAAACUUCCCUUCUUCUUCAAGAGAGCGCCCAUAAACGGGGCCAUUGACAGAGGAGUGGUGUUUGAGGUAUCAUAUGCCUCAGCACUCAGGGACUCCACCAUGAGGCGAUACACUAUUGCCAACGCUGUUUGUUUGAUGGAAAGCUGCAAAGGAAAGAACGUCAUUGUCUCAAGUGCAGCUGAGAAGGCUUUGGAGCUUAGAGGACCUUAUGACAUCAUUAAUCUAGGGACGCUGUUUGGUCUGUCAGAUGCUGAUUCUAAAGAAGCCGUGUCUUCCACCUGCAGAGCCGUUUUACUGCAUGCAGAAACCAGGAAGACUGCUAGUGGCAUUGUGUACACCAGGAACAGUCAGCAGGAGGCCCUUCAGGACAGUGACGGCAGUGAAGCUCCUGCUGCCAAACGACCCAAACCAACCGACAGGGAUUGAGGAGGCAGAGACUAUUCUCAUUUGUUUUACUGUUUUUGCUUGUCUCUUUUUGAAGAUGUAUUGCCUCCUAAAACUGAUUUGUAAUUUUGGGUCAAUAAAGUUUGAAAAAUAAAUUAUCUAUUCUUUUUUAGCAAAUUGA